GCCACAGUGUUUUGAUUCUGUGUGAUUGAGUUUUGAUACUUUGGAGCAAAUAUUGUUAAACUCGUGUAUAUUUGAACUAUAGCUCAAAAACACAAAGGGCCUUUUCAGAUUGGAUGAACAAAGGAAGCGGCAGUUUUAUUCGAAAAACUCUACAAAUAAUUCGAACGAAGGGAGUGUCACCGGCAUUGAGAACAAUUAAAUAAGAACCAUUGUAUUUCGGCACGACAUCAAGGCCACUGCGUUCGAAACGUGUCUUGUAUUCCAAAUCAAUAUCGUCAAUUUGUUUUUAAACUACGUUUCAAACCAACUCAAAAUGGACAACGAACGAUCGAAUUUUUGCCCGAAAAUUUCGAGUAAAGUAAUUGCCUGUCUGGGCAUUGCCUUCAGCUUUGGACUGGUGGCAUUCUUUGGAUUUGUCUUUAUGACAUUAGGAGUGCGAUUAAUUUUUGCUGUGCUGAUCUUUUUUUCAAAUCUGGUGGCGGCGUUCUUCUGGUUUAAUGGUUUAGACGCGAAUCGCACCGAAUUUAUGAUGGCUUCGAUCGUUUGUUGGGGGCUACAAUUGGAACUGUGGACGAGUUACUUAUUCUUGAUCGUGCUGCAAAAUGCCUUUGAGAAGCAAUAUCCCGGUUUAAUUGCUGUAGAAGGCACAAAUGAUGUGGUCAUUUAUGCGCUAACAGUAUUUUUCUUCGUUGUUUAUUUGUUCAUCAUACUGAAUUAUGUGUCAAUAAAAGCGCCGUUAAAACGAAAGAAUCCGCCAACGAAUUUGGGUUGGAAAAUUGCCGGUGUGGCAGCUGUGUGGCUGUUGACGGCAUUUUCCAUUGCACAGUCGCUAUUACUUCGAUCAUCGCCGAUAUUUCAGCAUCACGACAUUUGGAUAAAGCGGCUGGUUUUUGUUUUGCAUCUCACAGCCGCUAUCACCUGGGCCUGUGGCGCGAUUAAGAACAAAUGGAAAUACCUAGCUGCAUCGCUCAUUUGUUGGUUCCUGCCAUUGGCUGCAUUUUUGUGUGCUCUAUCUCGUGAAUUAUACAAUGAAUAUCACACAUUUGAUCGAAUUAUUGUGGAGUAUCAUAUAGCAGUUUUCGAAGUCACAGCAAUUUAUAUGGUGAUAUAUGUGAUCGCAAUUCUGAGCUACUGUUCAAUGAAACGAGAUUUCCAGCUACAACAGGCAAAUGGUCUCUACAUAGCGGCGCCCACUGAAAAUAGGGAUUUGAAUGCCGAGUGUACAGCAAUAGCUAGCUUCAAAUAAACAUGGAAAGCAUAUGGGAAAAACAGAACAUUCUCAUCAAAACGUGGAGAAAUAACUUGAAAAAACCAAAACAAGUCAUAAGAAUAAAAUGGAGUUUCUCUUGAUGAAAUAAAAAAAUGGAAAGAGAAAAAAAGUGAAACAAGGGAUGCUUAUGAAAACGUGAUAGAAACGAAGCACGAAAUUGUUUUGUAUGUCCUUUUUAACUCAAGAAACUUGGGUAAAA